AGCAAAGCGAUGUUUGAACAAAGAAGGGACUUCUGCUGCUUCUUGUAGGGAAUUCACCUCCAUACAGACAACUGACCAUCCGUCGCAGGUGCAAGCGCAACUGCAGCUCUCUUCCUCGUGAUCUCCGUCCCAGCCGGUCGCCAAACCCAAUCGCUGUGCUUUAUCUACAACUGCCCGAUAAACGCUCAUAGUCAGCUUCUGUCUCCUCAUCCUCCACCUCUACAGAGCCCUGGACCGUCUGCGUCAUGCCAGCACCCUCUAAGGAAGUGCUUCCUCCGUGGGGCUACGCCCUGUCCGGUGCCGCCGGCGCGGUGCUCGCAAACACCAUCGUCUACCCUCUCGACAUUGCAAAGACAAAGCUUCAAGUGCAGAAGAAGAAAAUAGCCGCCCCCGACGCGGAAAAGGCAGAAGCAUCCGCCACUGACGACGAAGACCACGACUACUAUCUCGGCACCGCCGACGCCGUCAAGAAAAUAUACAAAAAAGGAGGCAUCACUGCCUUGUACACCGGUCUUCCUGGAUCUCUUCUCGGCGUCGCGUCCACCAAUUUCGCAUACUUCUAUUGGUAUGGCGUCGUUCGGUCAGCUUACCAGAAGAGAUACCCCGUCAUCUCGACAGCCAUGGAGCUAAUCCUAGGCGCGAUCGCCGGUGCGCUCGCGCAAAUAUUCACAAUCCCCGUCAGCGUCAUCACCACCCGGCAGCAGACCGAGGAAUCGCCGGUAGCGUUUAUGCAGACCGGAAAAGACGUCAUCAAGGAAGACGGACUGACGGGUCUAUGGAGAGGACUGAAGGCGUCGUUGGUGCUUGUGGUCAAUCCUGCAAUCACGUACGGCAUGUACCAGCGGUUUAGAGAUACCAUAUUCUCUGACAAAGCCAACCUGACCGCCUAUGAUUCUUUCUUCCUCGGCGCCUUGUCAAAGUCAAUGGCCACCAUCACAACACAGCCAAUGAUCGUCGCCAAGGUGAUGACCCAAUCAAAGCCCAAACCUGGCGAGAAGCGAUAUGACUCCUUCGUCGAAGCGCUCAUGUACCUGUCCAAGAACGAAGGCCUUCCUGGUCUGUUUAAGGGAAUCGGACCUCAGAUUACAAAGGGCGUUCUUGUCCAAGGCCUUUUGUUCAUGUUUAGAGAUCAGGUUGAAUUGCUUAUUUUGCUACUCUUCCGGCUAGUCAGAAACUGGCGGAAGAGAACCGUCUUGCUGAAAUAGAAUUUCUAUCUUGACUUAUUUUCAUGCUCGAACCUUUUGAACUCAUAUCUGUUUCUUUGUGUUUGUAUUUUUUUGACUUUUAGCAAAUC